AAAACGAGAGAGCCUUCAAUUGACCCCGUAGAAAUGAGAGAGAAGUGCACUCUACGUACGUCGUACAAUAACGUUAUAUCUCUGUCUGUGGAUAUGCGCGAUCCCUGCAAAUAAGAAUAAGUUCUUUGUUAACCAAAUCUGCCAACUAGACACUAAGGCAGACAGGGUACCUACUGCAGUAAUUGAGUAUUGGAGCUGUUGAAGGACCCAAAUUUCGUGAAUUUAUCGAGAAAGAAGAAUAGAAGUCUACGGGUGCUCUAGUCAGCAAUCUGGAAGCGGUACUCCCACAGGCAGACAGCGGAUUCAGAAAAAUUUCGUUGGAAGUCAAUGACAGCAUACAUCUCACAUUUUUUGCUUUACAAAUACAGUAAUCUCAAUCACAAGCAAGUUGGUAAGCCUUCAUCCAUUGUACCAAUUUGAAAAUGUCUGCUCAAGCUCAAAUGAAAGAUCUCUUGGAUCAGUUGAUGGGGACACAACGAGAUGGUGUUGACACUGGUGCAGUAAGUUUCAGAGAUGAUGAAGUCUGCAAAACAUUUCUUCUAGGAUGUUGUCCCCAUGAAAUUUUAUCUGGAACGAGAGCAGAUAUUGGAAGUUGCAGAAAGAUUCAUGAUCUAGCAUUAAAGGCAGACUAUGAAAUGGCAUCACAAAGCAAAAAAUAUUACUAUGAAUUUGAUUCGUUCGACCAUCUGACACGAUUUGUUGCUGAAACAGAUCAGAAGAUUGAGAUAUCUAAGAAGAAAUUAGCUGAACAACAGGCUGAAAUAAGUGCAGAAGUAAAAGCAAAGGAAGCUAAAGUUCAGGAGCUCACAGAUCAAAUCGGUAAAUUAUUGGCAAAAGCUGAGCAACUUGGCUCUGAAGGUGAAGUUGAUGAAGCUAAGAAUGUUCUAGAAGAAGUUGAAAAAGUCAAAGAUCUUAAAAGAGAAGCAGAGGAUGCAUACAGAAAUUCCAUGCCAGCUUCUACUUAUCAACAACAAAAGUUGAGAGUUUGUGAAGUCUGUUCUGCUUAUCUUGGUCUACAUGAUAAUGAUACUAGGCUUGCGGAUCAUUUUGCUGGGAAGUUGCAUUUGGGAUUCAUAGAAAUUCGUGAGCAGCUUCAAAAACUGAAGACUAGAGUUGAAGAAGAAAGGGGGAAUAUCGAUGAAGUAAAGCAACGUCGAAUUCAGGAAGCUAGGGAGGCUGAAGAUAGGAAGAAAAGAUAUCAAGAUAACAGAAGAUCAAGAGAAGAUGAUAGAUAUGGUAACAGCAGGGAUCGGAGGUCACCAGAUAGACGCAGGAGGCGAAGUAGAUCAAGGGAGAGGCGUCCACGUCGAUCUCGUAGCAGAAGCAGGGAACGUCGUCGACAUCACAGGCGCUCAAGAUCACCAGAUCGUCGAUACAGACGUUCCAGAAGUUGAAACAGAAGUCAAAUUCAAUCAGACAUUUCUGGUGUGCUACCACUGCCACCAAAUAUGUUUUAAUAUCAGUUAUUAGGAUCACUGAUGACCAAAAUUUUGCCCUUUGGGUAGAUUUUAUUUGUAAUAUUGUGAACUUUGUUUUGCUUUUCUGUCCUAUGUUACUCGUUGGAGUUCAAAAGCGGGAUGCACCGUGUUAUUUUGUAUCCGACGACGACACACCAAAUUAUCUACCAUAUUAAUUUUGUCUAAGACUCGAAUGAACUGGGUAACUAAGGUGUACCCUGAGUAAUUUUGUCCUCCACAAACGUUUUUAUUUUUUAAACCUUUUUUUGGGCUUUGGAACUGUACAUUGUCAAUAUUGGGAAGAUGUGUUUGCAUUAUAUGUAAAGUAUAAUAAAUCCUGAAUACUUGUA